UAAAAAAGUGACCUUUGCCCUCUGUGCGUUGCCUGCAACUUGAACGCCUCAAAAUGUCUCUUCGUGUGCUGGUCGGUGUGAAAAGAGUGAUAGAUUAUGCCGUCAAGAUUCGGGUGCGGCCGGACAAGCUGGGCGUCGUCACAGAUGGCGUCAAGCACAGCAUGAAUCCAUUCGAUGAGAUCGCUGUGGAAGAAGCCGUCCGAUUAAAGGAGAAGAAGAUAGCGAAGGAAAUCAUCGCGAUCAGCUGCGGACCUCCGAAAUGUCAAGAGACGCUCCGUACAGCUCUAGCCAUGGGAGUUGACAGAGGAAUCCACGUUGAAAUCCCGGAUGCUGAAUUCCAAAAUGUCCUUCCUUUUCAUGUUUCUAAGAUUCUGGCUAAAAUAGCACAGGACGAGCAAGUGGACCUCCUUAUCCUUGGAAAACAGGCAAUUGAUGAUGAUUGUAAUCAGACGGGUCAGAUGACUGCAGCCCACCUGGACUGGGCACAAGGAACAUUCGCCUCAGAAAUCACCUUAGACGACGGACAUCUUGUGGUUGUUCGUGAAGUUGACGGCGGCUUAGAGACGAUAAGAAUUAAGAUGCCAGCUGUAGUUACCGCUGAUUUAAGACUCAACGAACCAAGAUAUGCAACGCUACCAAAUAUUAUGAAAGCAAAAAAGAAACCAAUAGCUAAGAAGACACCAGCAGACUUUGGCGUUGAUAUAACGCCCAAGAUUGAAACUAUCAAAGUUGAAGAUCCCCCAGUGAGGGACGCAGGUGUGAAGGUUGAGACAGUUGAAGAUCUUAUAGGGAAGUUGAAAGAAGCCGGUGUUGUGUAAAGCUUGUAGAAUGACAUCGACGACCCAUACGUGGACGAUCAGAGAAAGAGGGCAUGCCGUAUUCAUCACAGAUUGAUCAGAGGCCAUCCAACCCUUUUCACAAUCCUACAAAUGGGGACACUGGCAGGCAGAGUUUCAAUAGGUGGCAGUUUUUGCCGUGAAACAAAUGGCAACUUGUCUCUUGCUUGGUAUAUCAAAUUACCUCAGAAUGGUUUCUAUGACAAUAGGGGAGUGAUAUGGUCUCUUGGUGGCAGCAGACUUAAAUCUAUUGGUCUUGGAAAUGUGCGCAUGUUCAGAACUACGUAAACAAUUUCAAGUUACCUUGCAUGUCUGCCAUAGUGUUAGCCAGAGGGGUGUCUUUUGGACACAUUUAAAAAUAAAAUUGACACCCUGUUUUUUUGUGUCAUUAUCUCAUCAUUAUUUGCAAGUGAACAAUUUGGACACCAAAUUCUAGCAUAUUUGAACACCCGCUUACCAAAACCUUGCUUAAAACCUUGGAUGUCUGCUGCCACCAUUGUCCAAAAAUCUCCCAGUCGGAAACAUUGAAAAAGUUGUACCUUUUGAGAGUCUAUGGCCCUUUUCGAAACCACAGCUUCGGCUUCAGGCCCCUUCCUCAUGUCUGAAACCAAUUUUCAAAACAACUAUGGGGCCAAGCUAGCCUGAGCAAAGCUAGAGCCAAAGCCGUGAAUUCGAAAAGGGCCUAUAUCUUGUCCCUAAACAAUUCAAUUGUCAACUUUGGGACACUAGGUGGCAGCAGACAUCCCUGGUAACUUUCCUUGUUUUCGUAAUUUUAAACAUGUGCAGAUUUCAUGAGAGCGCUGGAUUGACCUGGUGAAUUCUAGCAUCACACAAACAGUUUCCCUUUUUGUGUUCUGACUUGAACUCCGAUUUUUUAAAAGUGAUUUUGAAUUUAUUUUAUCAGAUAUUUUGAAGUGGAUUAUUAAACAAUGCACAUAACUUGUAAUUUAAAUAAAGAAGACGUGCGAAAAUCACUUUAUUGGUCAGUCUAAUUUAAUUGUAGAAAAUACACUUUAAAACUUUACAAUAAUUGUUAUUGGAAAUUUACAGUUCUACUUUGAAUUGAUGACAUAUUUAAUUGUUUCCAUUAUUUUAAAAAAAAUAUUUUGUUCCAAACUUGUUCACAUAGCUCAUCAUUGAAUUUGUUCAGAACUCGCUGGCACCAAUAAACAAGCGUUGACAUUGUUUAAAAGGAAA